AACGAAAAGAAAUCGCAGUUAAUUAAUGAGUUUUGGAAUACCGUUGCGUCAUCACAAAAACGAAAAUUUACUGAAGCUGCUGAACGCACGGCUCUAGUGGAAAAACAUAUCACCAAUGUUGUGUCCUCGACAUUUGAACGAGAGCAGACUAUACGGGAGGAGAUUACGAAACAAGAAAUGAUUGUGCGAAAUAAAUUUGUGAACUGUUUGGAAAAUAAGGAUCUUGGCCUUGAUGUUUCGCAUAAACGCCAACGUCUUCAAGUCGAUAAUGUGGAGCCACAAACUCCAGAAAACAAAGAGUAUGAACAUGAUUCAGGAUCAAGUGAUGGUCCGUAUGUUAAUUCUAAUUCAUGUUAUGAAGUUCAAGACAGUAGAUAUACAUCUCCGACACCACAUUCUCAUGAUGAUCCUUUUACUGAAGAUACUGAAGAUGAAAACGUUAUUAUUACCAAUGUUUCUCCAAGAUUUUCAUCAUCAAAGAAAAAAUUUAGAACUUAUAUUGACGAAGCCAUAUUGCACGCUAACAACAAAGGCUUGUAUGUUGAGUCACAUACUCACGAAAUCUUAUCAUUGUCAUCUAUACUUGUUUUGAUCCCAAAUUCUUAUUCGACAAAAAUGGUAGAGGUAUUUGGUUUACAAAUACUUGAAUCGAUUUACCACGAAUAUGCGCCAACUUUAUCCAUAACAUUGGAUACGGAAAUUGAGAACAUAUACAGAAAUGCAAUCAAAACGUGUUUAAGAGAUUCGCGUGGUAGUGCAAUUGAUUUCUUAUGUAAGAACAUUGCAAAUAGAAGUGAAUUAAGAGACAAUUUCGGGAUUUUAAUGAUAGACUUGAUAAGAUCUUUGCCAUUUGAUAAGAUCCGGAAUGAACCAAGCGAAUUAACUUUAAUUACAAACUUUUUAAAUGGAAUUAUGAAGGAAGCAUUUCAUGACCCUGAUAAAUAUCUAGUACAAUGGCCAAACACGGCCCUUGCAGAAAGUAAAAUAAGGAAAUUCGAUGGAUCAAGAACGAAACAGCCAGACUUCGUAGUAUCACUUAAUUAUCAGUCUCGUGCGAAAAAUGUGAUUUAUGUUGGCGAAGUUACUGGACCAUCGGAAAAAAACAACGUUUAUAAAAAUUGUCUUGAUCUAAUCAGGAUAGGUAUAUUCAUGAAAGAUUGUAUUGACUCGGCAAUUUUACAAGGAGCUGGGAUAAAAAUAUUAGGAUUUCAAUGUAUUGCAUACAAAUUGGAUUUCUAUGUGCUUGAUUUAAAUGGCGAAGGAUUAUAUACAAUGAAUCAUAUUGCUCAAAUUUCUAUACCCGAAACAGUAAAGGGCUUAUUUACUUUUAUAGACGAAUUACAUAUUCUAUUAAAUAUACGAGAUAUUUUAAUGAAGUCUUAUGAUGUCUUCAUUGAUAAACUCCAAAAUCCAGGCUUAGUUCCGUUAGAGUUGAAAUCAUCAUUCAAAAGGAAAACGUUGGACACACCUGAAUUUAAAAGGCUUGUCAGUAAAACUCACUGUGUGAAAAGGGAAUGUCCAUUAUGGUUUGGUCGAUAUUAA